CAACAGCAACAGAGUUCCAGUUUUCUACUCUAUCACUCUUCUUGCACAUUCCAUUAAUCUAGACAUCCUCUCCGCUUGCCUGCACCUGUACUUACCUCCUACCCCGAUCCCCAAUCAAUCACAUCCACCCCCACGAUCACGAGCCCAGCGCAGUCACUCUGCCAUCAUGGCUGAUACGCCCCUCUUCAAGCCCGAGAAAGAUUACACAAAAGAGGCAGACAAAGUACUACCGGAAGCAAAAGCACUAGCUAAGAAAGACAUCCAAAAGGGUAUUGACAAGAUCUUACUUCUCGAGAAACAAGCCAGACAAUCUUCGGAUCUUGCCACCACAUCAAGAUGUUUGGAAGCCAUCGUGACAAUAUGCAAAGACGCUGGCGACUGGAGCCUGCUCAAUGAGCAAGUUCUCCUUCUCUCCAAGAAGCAUGGCCAACUCAAGCAGGCAAUCACAAGAAUGGUCCAAAUUGUCAUGGGAUUCUUGGAAGACACACCCAACUUAGAUACUAAGCUCUCUGUGAUAGAAGCCCUACGUACUGUGACGGAAGGAAAGAUUUUCGUGGAAGUAGAACGAGCCCGGAUCACACGCAUCCUUUCCAACAUCAAAAAAGAACAAGGAGAUAUCAAAUCGGCCGCCGAGAUCCUGUGUGAACUGCAAGUGGAAACUUUUGGCUCCAUGACCAGAAGGGAAAAGACCGAGUUUAUCCUCGAACAAGUGUCACUCUGUAUACAAAACGAAGAUUGGAUCCAAGCGGGUAUCCUGAGUCGCAAGAUUAGUACCAGAUACUUUGCCAGGAAGCCCUCAAAGACCCCCGAACAACUAGAGAAAGAGAAGAAAGAGGCGGAAGAAAAGGAGAAGAAUAGGUCAGCCGAUGACCCCCCAGUGGAGAAACCGGACGAUGUCACAGAUUUGAAAUUGCGGUAUUACGAGCAACAAAUCACUCUGGCUAAGCACGAAGACAAGUAUCUCGAAGUCUGCAAGCACUAUCGGCAGGUUUUGGAUACGGAAUCGGUCGAGAACAACCCCGAGCAACUGCAUGCCGUCCUCCAACGAGUCAUUUACUUUGUCCUCCUGGCACCUUACGACAACGAGCAAUCCGAUCUCCUCCACCGCAUCCAUCAGGACUCCCGCAACUCCCAAAUCCCCAAAGACGCGGCGCUGCUUAAGCAAUUUACCAUCCACGAGUUGAUGCGCUGGCCAAUCGUCGAGCAACAGUAUGGAGAGCAUCUUACAGCGACCGACAUCUUUUCCAAAACCGCUGAUUCAGGGGAUGCGAAAGCCUUGACCAGAUGGGAAGCUCUCCGACACCGUGUCAUUGAGCACAAUGUCCGAGUCGUGGCCAAAUACUACACGCGUAUCACGUUCCCUCGCCUCACCCAACUUCUCGAUCUUUCCGAGGACGAAACGGAGAAAUACAUCUCGGACCUGGUAACCAAGAAGACGGUAUAUGCUCGGAUCGACCGGCCGGCACGGGUGGUGAGUUUCGAAGUGAAGAGAGGGCCGGACGAGGUGCUAGACGAAUGGGGCAACAGCAUGAAGGGGCUUCUCGGACUGUUGGAGCGAGUGGGUCAUUUGAUGCAACGAGAAGAAAUGAUGGCCCGGAUUCAGCCAGGCAGCAAGGACGAUGCAAAGAAGGGCGUCAAGGCAUAGCGUGCCGUGGAAGCCGGACUGCCAUGAAGGGACCCACCAAAAGACACCAUGUAUUUCUAAUGAAUCAGGGCCUGGCUUGGUUCUGAGCGCGAUGCUGUGAACCCGAGAAGGGAUUAUCACAUGCCUUGCAUGCGUUGCCAUCUGCCCUCUGGCUCUUGUUGGGGCAUUUCGAGGCGGGGGUGAUAUGGAUACAAGUAACCAGUCGCCCAUGUUAAAAGAAGCUCUAGAACAAUGGCACUUGAAUUGCCCCUAUUCAAUUGUGUCCACAAUUACUUGGAUUUGGGAGAUCAACUCCUGAUUCACUGGUGCACAGGCUUCCUCCUACGCGAAUGUUCUGCCCUCUGGACGAGAGACGUUGUGCAAGAGCCACAGCGGUGUCGUGAAACCCCGCCAAAUCUCAUGCUCUUUGACUACCUUGCGGCACUAGCCAGCGGCACCAUGUUCAGCGUCCCUAUCGGCGUGAGCAUGGCCUUGGAUUCUCCACAUUCGUUUCUGCGCCUUGAUCGCCUGGCACAACAGGUACACGUGCCACAUAUAUGCCAAGACGACGAGCCAGCCUACGACAGCUUUGGCAAUGCUCACUUCAUGUAUCC